GGAGCAGCAGGAAAACAGACCACCCGCAAGUAGAUGGAACAGACCAUGCCUUCCCCGUCGAGUGUGCCCCGAUGGACUCCCAGUCCGAGCUCAACCCGCCCGCUGCGCUCGCCAGCCAGGCUUGCCGACGUCGACGACGCCGCCUUCUUCCCCUUCGGUGCUUCUUCUUUCACUCCCCCGCACCUCCACUCGAUGGGGGAGGUCGAAAAUGGCAGGAGCGUGGAUCAAGGUGUCUUCCUCACCUGGGAGGAUCUGUGGGUCUCUGCGCCGGGCCGCAAGGGAGGGCACGUCUCCAUUCUUUGUGGGAUCACCGGGUUCGCACGGCCAGGUGAGGUCUUGGCUAUAAUGGGACCCUCCGGUUGUGGCAAGUCCACACUCCUCGACGCAUUAGCAGGAAGACUAGCGUCUAAUGUAAGUCAGAAAGGAGACAUCUUGAUCAAUGGCCAGAAGCAGAAACUCGCCUUUGGAACCUCAGCUUACGUCACUCAAGAUGAUGUACUCAUGACGACACUGACGGUUCGAGAAGCGGUGUACUACUCGGCGCAGCUGCAGCUGCCGGAUUCCAUGUCGAGGGCGGAGAAGAGGGCGAGGGCGGAGGCAACGAUCCGGGAGAUGGGGCUGGAAUCAGCCAUGGACACGAGAAUUGGAGGGUGGGCUUCCAAGGGCAUCAGCGGCGGUCAGAAGAGGAGAGUGAGCAUCUGCGUCGAGCUCCUCACGCGGCCGCGGCUCCUCUUCCUCGACGAGCCCACAAGCGGGCUCGACAGCGCCGCCUCGUACGUCGUCAUGAACCGCAUCGCCCGGCUGGCGAGGCGAGAGGCGAUGACGGUCGUGGCGGCCAUUCAUCAGCCGAGCAGCGAGGUGUUCGAGCUCUUCCACGGUCUUGGCCUCCUGGCUUAUGGUAGGACAGUCUACUUCGGCCCUCCUCAAAUGGCUGAUGAGUUUUUUGCUUCGAAUGUUUUCCCAUGUCCUUCCCCAAGCAAUCCUUCGGAUCACUACCUGAGGACGAUCAACAAAGACUUUGACAUGGAUAAUGAGGACAGUCUUGCGCACAAGUCGAGAAGCGCUUCCCAAGCAAUUGAGGUCCUCGUCAGGUCUUACAGCUCUUCAGAUAUCUCACACGAAGUCACACAACAAAUAGCACUGAUGCGGAAUACGGGAGGAUCUUUGGUGAAGAAGAGGAGCCAAGCAAGCUUCUUCACUCAGACGCGCGUCCUCACACGACGAUCCUUCGUCAACAUGUACAGAGACUUCGGCUAUUAUUGGUUGCGAUUCGCUAUCUACAUCGCACUUUGCUUGUGUGUGGGCUCCAUCUACUACGAUGUUGGCCAUAGUUUUGGCUCGAUUCAGGCGAGGGGUUCCAUGCUCAUGUUCACAGCGGCUUUCUUGACCUUCAUGGCGAUUGGAGGUUUCCCAUCUUUUGUGGAGGAUAUGAAGAUCUUUGGAAGAGAGAGACUAAAUGGGCAUUAUGGUGCGACGGCGUUCACGAUCGCCAACGCGCUUUCUGCAACUCCAUAUCUGGCUCUCAUCUCCGUCGUACCAGGAGCAAUGGCGUACUACCUAGUCGGCCUGCAGCGGCCCGCCGACCACUUCGUCUACUUCGCGCUGGUGCUGUUCGUGUGCAUGAUGGUCGUCGAGGGCCUGAUGAUGAUCGUCGCCAGCCUCGUCCCGGACUUCCUCAUGGGCAUCAUAACCGGAACUGGAAUCCAAGGAAUCAUGAUGCUCAACGGCGGCUUCUUCCGGCUGCCACAAGACCUGCCCAAGCCAGUGUGGCGAUACCCCAUGCACUACAUGGCGUUCCACAAGUACGCCAACCAGGGAUUCUACAAGAACGAGUUCUUGGGGUUGACUUUUCCUGGAAACGUAGCAGGAGGUUCUCCCAUCAUCACGGGUGAGGAGAUACUGAAAGGUGUUUGGCAGGUGGAGAUGGGAUACUCCAAGUGGGUUGACCUUGCCAUCUUGCUUGCCAUGGUGAUGCUCUAUAGGCUAAUGUUCUUGGGUGCGGUUAAGAUUGCUGAGAAGGUGAAGCCCAAGAUUAAUGCUCUAUAUGUGAGGGCUCCUAUGCUAUCCAUCGAUGUCAAAGAGCAAUCCUCCUUGGAAAUUGAGGCUUCAUCUUAAGAAGCUCGGUGGAAUAAAUUAGCAUGUGAGACACCUUAAAUCUUUCGCAGGGAA